CCCCCUCCAUAGUAGUAAUUAUCAUCCUGAUAGCGACAGCAAUUGUUUUUCACCGGCCAGCCAAUUCUUUUCUCUCUCUCUUUCUUUCUCUUUCUUCCAUCCAGUCAAUUCUCCUAACGUCAAAUUAACGCUUCCUUUUUGUGAGUUACAUCGAAUUAUCCUCACUCAUUUCCACCCCAUCAAAAUUGGUCGUUAAAUUGUCAAUCAACCAACUCUCAGACUAGGUUCACAAUGACCAAGGUUGACCAAAAAGUCGUUCUGAUCGUCAUCGACGGCUGGGGUAUCCCUGGCCCCGACUCUCCCAAGGACGGAGAUGCGAUCGCUGCCGCGGAGACACCCUACAUGUCCGGCUUUGCCGAAGAGAACUCGAAGACGGCUCAAGGAUAUACCGAGCUGGAUGCCUCGUCGCUGGCCGUCGGUCUGCCAGAGGGUUUGAUGGGCAACAGUGAGGUUGGCCAUCUGAACAUCGGCGCUGGCCGUGUCGUCUGGCAGGACAGCGUUCGCAUUGAUCAGACCCUCAAGAAGGGUGAAUUGAAGAAGGUCGACAACAUUGUCAAGUCCUUUACUCGCGCCAAGGAGGGCAAUGGUCGUCUGCACCUGCUGGGUCUGGUCUCCGAUGGCGGUGUUCACUCCAACAUCACUCACCUGGCCGGUCUGUUGAAGGUCGCCAAGGAGAUGGAGAUCCCUCAGGUCUUCAUUCACUUCUUCGGUGACGGCCGUGAUACCGACCCCAAGAGCGCUACCAAGUACAUGCAGGACUUGCUUGAUCACACCAAGGAGAUCGGCAUCGGUGAGAUCGCCACGGUGGUUGGCCGCUACUACGCUAUGGACCGCGACAAGCGUUGGGACAGAGUCGAAGUUGCCAUGAAGGGUAUUGUCUGCGGUGAGGGCGAAGAGAGCUCUGACCCCGUGAAGACUAUCAAGGAGCGCUAUGAGAAGGGUGAGAACGACGAGUUCCUCAAGCCAAUCAUUGUUGGCGGCAAGGAAAGGCGCGUGCAGGACGACGACACCCUCUUCUUCUUCAACUACCGUUCGGACCGUGUCCGCGAGAUUACCCAGCUGCUGGGCGACUAUGACCGCUCUCCCAAGCCCGACUUCCCUUACCCCAAGAACAUCCACAUCACCACCAUGACCCAGUACAAGACCGACUACACCUUCCCCGUUGCCUUCCCCCCUCAGCACAUGGGCAACGUGCUAGCCGAGUGGCUCAGCAAGAAGGACAUCCAGCAGUGCCACGUCGCCGAGACCGAAAAGUACGCGCACGUCACUUUCUUCUUCAACGGAGGUAUCGAGAAGCAGUUCCCUGGCGAGGUGCGCGAUAUGAUCCCCUCGCCCAAGGUCCCUACCUACGACCAUGAACCCGAGAUGAGCGCCGAAGCCGUCGGCAAGAAGAUGGCCGAGCGCAUCGCCGAGGGAAAAUUCGAGUUCAUCAUGAACAACUUCGCUCCUCCCGACAUGGUCGGUCACACCGGUGUGUACGAGGCCGCCAUCAAGGGUGUCGCUGCCACCGACAAGGCCAUUGGUGAAAUAUACGAGGCCUGCAAGAAGCACGGAUACGUUCUGUUCAUCACCGCCGAUCACGGUAACGCGGAGGAGAUGCUCAACGAGAAGGGCACUCCCAAGACCUCCCACACAACCAACAAGGUUCCCUUGGUCCUUGCCAACGCCCCCGAGGGCUGGAGCCUCAAGAAGGAGGAGGGUGUCCUCGGAGACGUUGCACCCACCGUCCUCGCCGCCAUGGGCAUCGAACAGCCCGAGGAGAUGUCGGGUAAAAGUCUUCUGGUCAAGGCCUAGAUCAAUUAUAUAUAGAAUCUUUUCCUUUUUUUGGUUUAGAAAAGGCUAUUUCCAGCUGGUUAUGGAUCUAUAAAUCAAGAUACUUUGUUUCUCUUUACACACAGAGACCGAAAUCUCAGAACGCCAAAUGCGCCGGGUCCCAAGAUAUUUUUCCGGAACCUCCCAUGCUGGUUCUACCUUCAUCAUCAUUGGGUUGUCUUAGCACAAGUAGA